AUGGAUGACAAUCAACGAGGAUCAACACUGGAAAGAAUUCCUUACCCAAGACCUAUUGGGGUGCCCACGGCGAGGGUACAUGAGUGUCUUGGGAUGCCUUUUGCAGAGGGUUUGUCAUUGUCUUUUCCUGUUGAUCCUGCAUACCUGGAUCGUACAUAUCGUGAAGGAUAUGCCAGCAGGCUGUCUUAUCUACCUUUUCACAGCCACUUGGGGAUCUAUGAUUAUUCCUUUGAGCCAGCUUUUAUCAGGAAACGCAAUGAAAGGGAACGGCAGAGAGUCCGUUAUGUUAAUGAAGGCUAUGCACGACUCAGAGAGCAUCUUCCUGAUGAUUUUGCAGACAAAAGACUGAGCAAAGUAGAGACCUUAAGGGCUGCAAUCAGCUACAUCAAACACCUUCAGGAUUUACUGAACCCUUCAGAGACUAAAGAGAGAAGGUCUCUAUCUCCAAGAGCCGUGGAGAUCCAUAAACUUCCAUGCCCUGGUCCACGGAGAGAUGGUAAUAGUGAUGGAGAAUCCAAAUCCUCUUCACCCUUCAGUGAACUUAGUGAACUAAGCAGCUAA